AUGAGUACCUUUCAGAACGAAACUGAACGAGUGGUACACGCAGCCACCUUCCUCAGAGGACGGGCCCUAGCUUGGUUCGAACCCCUCCAGCAGGAAUGGCUUGACAACCCUGUCGAGAAGUACAGCCAAGAAGUCAAGGACAUCUUCUUCAGCUUCGCAGGAUAUGUCAAGGCUCUCCAAUCGCUUUUCUUGGAACCUAAUGAGAAGAGACAAGCCGAGCGUGACUUAGCUCACCUCAGGCAAACCAAGUCCACCUCCCUCUAUGCAGCUGAGUUCCAAAGAAUCGCCUCCCAGCUUGACAUGACCAACGAAAGCAAAGUCUUCGCCUUUUAUCAAGGACUCAAGGAUGACGUUAAAGACGAAAUGGCUAAGGUCGACGAACCCCCCAGCUUCAGGGACUACGUCGAACACGCCGUCAAGAUCGACAACCGACUUUUUGAACGCCGCAAGGAAAAAGGAGAAAGAAGACCAAACCCUAACAUGGGACGCAAAUACCAAUAG